AUCUUACGCCAUGGCCUCUCAGAAUAUGGACCCCGCAGCAGCCUCGUCCACAGCAGCACUGAAGGGCAGCGAAACCAACGUCAGCGUGUCGAAAGGAUCCGUCACUAAAAGGCUACAGCAAGAGCUGAUGACGCUAAUGAUGUCAGGAGACAAGGGCAUUUCAGCAUUUCCAGAGUCUGACAAUCUCUUCAAAUGGAUUGGCACAAUAGAUGGAGCUCAAGGAACGGUUUAUGAAGGUUUGAGGUACAAACUUUCCCUGGAGUUUCCUAGCGGGUACCCCUACAAUGCCCCUCGGGUGAAAUUCGUCACCACUUGUUUCCACCCAAAUGUUGAUGAGAAUGGCUUCAUCUGCCUAGACAUUUUAAAGGACAAGUGGUCUGCACUAUAUGAUGUCCGCUCCAUUCUAUUGUCCAUUCAGAGUUUAUUAGGAGAACCCAACAAUGAUAGUCCAAUGAACUCUGCAGCUGCUGAACUAUGGGAUGACCAGGAAGCAUUCAAAGCCCAUUUGCACGCAACCUACAAGAACUGACCAUGAACAUUAACAUCUGCCUCUUGUUUUAUCUGUGUCUGUUUUCUUGUUCGUAAUGUACAUUUCCUGUAUUGGGUUUCUGUGUAUAUUUUUCCAUGUUGUCCUAAAUAAAAUGCUGAUUGAAUUGA